AAAGUGGAUGUGGGGCACCUGGACUCCAUCCUGGCCGGCAUGGGGAUCCAUUUAACCCAGGAGGAGCUGCAGGAAGCACUGAAGUACAGCCCCGUUGACAGAGACGGCAAAGUCUUCCUGAGUGCGUUUAUGAAGAGCGUGAUGAAUACGCGGAGACCCUCCCAGGCGGAGAGGGAUAAAGUGGAUCUCCAGAACCUGGAUGACAUCCUGCGUAGCAUGGGGGUCCAUUUAGCCAGUGAGGAGCUGCAAGAGGCUCUGAAACAUGUGACUGUUGAUGCUGAUGGGAAGGUGAAUUUGGGCGAAUUUAUGGAGGCGGUGAGGACUGUCCAGAAAUUGCCCCCAGGGGAAGAGGACAAAGUGGAUGUGGGGCACCUGGACUCCGUCCUGGCCGGCAUGGGGAUCCAUUUAACCCAGGAGGAGCUGCAGGAAGCACUGAAGUACAGCCAUGUUGACACAGACGGCAAAGUCAGCCUGAGUGCUUUUAUGGAGAGCAUGAUGAGUACACGGAGACCCUCCCAGGCCCAGAGUAAGUGAGUACAGACACUCUCUGCGCUCAUUCAUUAUUGGUGUGCCCCUGCCCAGACAGUAGGAGACAGGUUCAGAUGAGAGUUAAAGUGGGGGGACCUUGCCCAUUCUUUGCACAAGCCAAACCCUGAGGUCCUGACUCCAUUAUUACUCUCUCCUCA